GUUUUUAAACUUUUAUCAUUAGAUGUACGUGGUAAAUUUUUGUUUAUCAUGGAACUUACAAUUUAUUUAUGGAUAAUAGAUUUUGGUACGAGGUUGUUGAAUGAAGUAAGAAAAUUGUCUGUUAAAGAUAUCAAGAUCAAAAUAUUGGCACCACCAGAAAGAAAAUAUAGCACGUGGUUUGGUGGUUCUAUAUUAGCUGCCUUGAGUACAUUUAAAAAGCAACAAGUCAUGCGCCUGCCCAUGCGUAUUGGCAAAUCAGGUUUCGAGGUAGGAUAA